UGAUACAUUCACACUUAACGUACUGCGUGCUCAAAGAGGUUUCAGACUUAUCGGAGACAGGAGUGCGAUUAACGGAAGCGUCUGGAUCGGGAUACGCUUCGAUGCAGAGCGGUUAUUUGACAUGCGGAAAAAGAGUUCACAGAUCAGUGCGAGCGUAGGAUUAUGGCCAAGGCUUCGCCGAGGAACGUGGUCGCCAGUCCUUUGCUUAGUCCGCUCCUAUGUACCAGCAGCAUUUCGUCCUACGCACGACAUCUGUACCUGCCAUCCCCUCUCGGAAGCCAUGCAGUUGCGUAUCGGCUUGGCAGGCCUCACAGCUCCCCGGCGCUGUCGAGGUCCAGCACUCCCGAUCCUGAGUUCAGCCUCAUAUGAAGCGACAUGAAGCGAUCCUGUCCUCUCCGCGACCGUCGGGCGUGCCCCUCUGGCCCCACGAGCCGACAGACCCUCAGCAACACCCGCUCCAACGAGGACUCUAGCGCACAGGUUCUCGACAGUAGAUAGAGGGAAGCCAGACUCCUAACCCUGCGUCCGUGAACACACCCAGCUUCCA